CCAGAGAUGAGGGGAGGGCGGGUGUGGGAGGAGAAGUCAAGUAAGAGCCGCGGAGACUCUGACAUGGCUGGACUACUAGGCACAUGUGUUUCCCCUUCUCUCACUUCUACUUGCCAACUCCUCUCUCCAUUACUAUCAAAACACAUCACCGGGCUGGUGUGUGUGACAGGACGGGACGGGACGGGUGUGAUGUAUUGCGAUGCGGCUCCUUCUCAUCCACGGUGUGUUUUUCCUCCAGUGUUUGCGGUUCUCCCAGCAGCAGUUUCCCAGGCUCUGCGCCACAACGGAGGCCCUGCUCUCUAAAGAGUGCUGCCCGGUCUGGGAAGGGGAUGGUUCGGCCUGCGGGGCCAGCUCUGGCAGGGGGUUCUGCCGGGACGUGGAGGUAUCGGAUCUCCCCAACGGGCUGAAUUACCCCUUCUCCGGCUUGGACGACAGAGAGAGGUGGCCUCUGGUAUUUUAUAACCGGACCUGCCAGUGCGCCUCCAACUACAUGGGGUUCAACUGCGGAGAGUGCCAGUUCGGACUGUUUGGGGCUAACUGCGAGGAGAGGAGAGAGUCCGUGCGACGGAACGUGUUUCACCUGUCGGCAGCGGAACGGCGGAAACUCAUCUCUUACCUCACCCUGGCCAAGCACACCGUUAGCCAGGAUUAUGUCAUAGCCACCGGGACCUACCGGGAGAUGAAUAACGGGAGCACCCCGCUGUUCUCUGACGUCUCGACCUAUGACGUGUUUGUGUGGAUGCACUACUAUGUCUCCAGGAAUGCUCUUCUCGGUGGACCGGGGAAUGUCUGGACCGAUGUGGACUUCGCCCACUGGGCUCCCGCCUUUCUGCCGUGGCACCGUGUGUACCUGCUGCACUGGGAGCGCGAGAUCCGAAAACUGACCGGGGACUUUGAGUUCUCCAUCCCGUACUGGGACUGGCGGGACGCGCAGGGCUGUGACAUCUGCACCGAAGACCUGAUGGGCGCCCAGAGCCCGCGAGAUCCCAACCUCAUCAGCCCUGCUUCAGUGUUCUCUUCUUGGAGGGUGAUGUGUUCACGGGCGGAAGACUACAGUGUGAGGGGGGUUCUGUGUGACGGUAACGAUGAGGGGCCAUUGCUGCGUAACCCUGGCAACCACGACCAUAACUUGGUUGCGCGGUUGCCGACGGCAGCAGAGGUGGAGUUCACGGUCAGUCUCCGUGACUACGACACAGGAGCCAUGGACCGCUCCGCUAACUUCAGCUUCAGAAACACACUAGAAGGUUUUGGGAACCCUCAGACAGGCCUGGGUAACAGUAGGGUGAUGGGGAUGCACGCCUCUCUUCAUAUCUUCAUGAACGGCUCAAUGUCUUCAGUCCAGGGGUCAGCUAACGACCCUAUUUUCCUACUGCACCACGCCUACGUAGACAGUAUCUAUGAGCAGUGGUUGAGGAGACAUACUCCAGAGCAGACCCACUACCCAGAGUUCAAUGCUCCCAUUGGCCACAAUAGGCAGUACCACAUGGUGCCCUUCAUACCUCUACACAGAAAUAUAGAAUACUUUACCUCCAGCAAAGAACUGGGGUACCAAUACUCCUACAUGCUCAACUCAGAUCAGAGGAUAUCGGAGGUUCUCAGUCCUUACCUGGAGCUAAUGAUGGAGGCGUGGCCCUGGUUGCUAGGGGCGUUGGUCCUGGGGGCGCUGGUUACCAUGACUGUGGCUGCAGUAGCUGCGACUAUGACCCGGAUGUGUUGGGGUGCGUGGCCAUGGCAACUCGGGGAGAAGAGUUCAGCGUUCCACCUACCAGAGAGGGAACCGCUCAUCAUCAGCAGUGAUAGUGAUACCCCCAACUACCACACUGUUUAGUCCCAACUACCACACUGUUUAGUCUCAACUACCACACUGUUUAGCCCCAACUACCACACUGUUUAGUCCCAACUACCCCAACUACCACACUGUUUAGUCCCAACUACCCCUACUACCACACUGUUUAGCCCCAACUACCC